AUUAUUUUGUCAUGAUAAAAAAUAUUUAUUUAUUCAUCUCAUAAUACUCAAUAUUUUUCAUUAUUCAUAAAUAAUUUAGUAUUUAUUAUUUAUUCAAGCGUGAAGUGAAUUAAGACUGCUGAGUGCUGAGCCAUUCAAAUAAUUUUAUUCUGUCCGUUUUAAUUGUUUAUUAUUUCUUUUUAAUAAAAAUCGUAAUAAUGGCUGCUGUAGCAAAUAAACCAAAAUCUGAAAUGACUCCAGAAGAGCUAGCAAAACGUGAAGAAGAAGAAUUUACUACAGGCCCUAUGUCGGUGUUAACCCAAUCUGUACGAAACAACACUCAAGUAUUGAUAAACUGUCGUAACAAUAGAAAACUUCUGGCUAGAAUAAAAGCAUUUGAUCGACAUUGUAACAUGGUAUUAGAAAAUGUAAGGGAGAUGUGGACUGAGUUACCUAAAACUGGCAAAGGCAAAAAAAAAGCUAAAGCAGUGAGUCGAGACAAAUAUAUUUCUAAAAUGUUUCUACGUGGCGAUUCAGUUAUUUUAGUUGUCAAAAACCCUAAAGAAGCUGUUCGACAACAACCGCCAGCCCCUUGAAAUGUAAUUCCUCUUUUGGUAAAUUAGAUUUAAGAUUAUUACAUUCAAAGUAUAUACUCAUUACUUGACUUAA